AUGUUAACAAAGAACCCAGACAACAAUAGCAAUAUGACUGACUCUAUUAAGUUAGAUAACACUGAAAACGUUAAAUUAGAACAAAAUAUUUCCUCCACUUCAUAUGAUUCCAGUAGUAUCGAUGAUAAUGUUGAUAGUAAAAAACAAGAUAUUGCUUAUCAAUUCUUACAAAAAUAUCAACACUUAGAAAAUGUCGAAACAGAAGACGAUUUGAAAGAUUCAUCCAAGGAUUCAAACUUUUAUGGAUCUAAACAAUUACCUAGAAAAUUAUUGUUUAAAGUUGAUUGUAUUAUUUUACCCUUUUUAUGCAUUACCUAUCUUUUAAUGUUUUUAGAUAAAGCUUUAUUGAAUUAUUCAACUGCAAUGGGUAUAUUAAAAAAUCUAAAGGGUAACGAAUUUUCAAAUUUAAGUACCAUUUUCUCCGCUUCUUAUAUUUUCUCAGAACCCAUCGUGACAUUUUUUAUUCAAAAAUUCCCAUUAUCCAAAGUAUUGGGAACUUAUAUCACACUAUGGGGGAUCGUGUUGGCAUGUCACUGUGCUUGUAAAACAUAUGCAUCACUAAUGAUUGUUAGAACAUUAUUGGGAUUUUUUGAGGCAAGUAGUGCAGUUGGAUGCAUCGCUGUAAGUGGUAUGUAUUAUACAAAAUCAGAACAAGUCGCAAGGAUAGGGUUUUAUUGUGCUCAAGCUGGUUCCGGUUAUAUAGUUGGUGGGUUAAUAUCAUUUGGUUUUCAACAUUACCACGGUGAAUUAUUUAGUUCAUGGCAAAUUAUGUUUUUGGUUGUUGGAUUAGUAACUGUUGCCUUUGGUAUUUUAACCCUUUUAAUUUUACCGGAUAAUGCAACAAAAGCAUGGUUUUUAAAAGAUGAAGAAAAAAUUUUAGUCGUUGAACACAUUAGAAGCAACCAAACAGGGUUGGAAACUAAAUUUUUCAAAAAAAACCAAAUUAAAGAGCUAUUCUUAAAGGAUAAAUUGACAUGGCCAAUGUUAUUAUUGACUGGAUGCUCUCAAAUAUCAACGGGUGCAAUUGGUACAUUUUCCACUACCAUUACUAAAACUUUUGGGUUUGAUAAUUACCAGUCUGCUUUGUUACAAUUGCCUAUUGGUGCUAUAACAAUUUUAAUCAUUAUCAUUACAACUCAAAUGAUUUCCAAGUGGAAUCAUUUCACAUUGGUAACUACAAGUAUGUAUAUUCCAGCUAUUAUUGGUUGUAUUGUCAUGCUAUCCUUACCAUUGUCUCACAGAAUAGCUAAUCUAUUUUCUUUAUAUCUUUUAUACAGUGGAUCAUGUGUGAUCACUAAUAUUUAUUUUUGGAAUAGCUGUAAUACCUCUGGGUAUUCUAAAAGAAUUUUUCGUAACGCUAUUACAAUGAUCAUCUAUAAUGUCUCCUGCAUUGUUGCACCUCAAAUGUUUAGAACUAGUUCUGCUCCAAGAUAUAUUCCAGCUAAGAUUGCUCUAUUAGUAACACAAUGUGUCUGCGUUCCAUUAAAUCUAUGGAUUGGUUAUUUAAGUAAAAAAGAGAACGAAAAGAGAGACCAAGAGCAAGAAAUGGAUACGAAAAAAGGUGAUUAUAAGUUUGUUGAUUUAACAGAUAUAGAAAACAGAAAUUUUAGAUACAUUUAUUGA